GUUCUCUUGUUUGUACAAAGGAGUAGACACAUCACAAAACGAAUAAAGAAAAGAAAAAAAAUGGUCGAAAAUGGCGAAAAAACAGAAAUCAAACGAGGUCAAGCAAUGACCAACACCCAUCAAUGGAGGAAUUGGGCAGGGCUUCAUCCAGAGCUCCCCGCUUUAAUAUUCGCGCGCAUAAAUCCAACGGACGAGAUGAUCCGAACGAUCCCUUUAGUCUGCUGGCCGUGGUGCGAGGUCGUUAAUGGGCCGGACUUCUGGACCCAGGCCCACGUAGACCUCGACCGGUGGUGCCGCCAAGUGGCGAGGACCGCCCGACUCCGCCGUCCGUAAGUUGGUCCGGCGGAGCAGCAGAACGCUCAGGAGCCUUGAUGCCUACAUGAUUGGGGAUGCUGGGUUCUUGUAUGCUUGCUCAGCAGGAAAGUUCCUCAGAGUCCUAAAGAUACCAAUGAGUGUAGUGACUGAUCAAAUGAUUGAAAAGCAUGCUCAAUUCCUCCCCAUGCUAACAGUACUAGGUGUCAGCUAUUGCCUCAAGAUCACCUCCCAAGGUAUUGAAGCCCUCGGCAAUUGCUGCAAAUCUUUGGUCGAGUUAAGGAGGAAUAUGCCGCCCCCAAAUCAUAUGGCUGACCAAGACAAUGGUGUAGCUCUUGAUGAAUCAGAGGCAAUGUCUAUAGCUGACACCAUGCACAAUAUUGAGCACCUUGAGCUUGCCUAUGGCCGCUUCAGUGACCAUGGCUUAGAUGCUAUCCUCUCUAAGUGUAGAGGUCUUCGUGUUCUUGACCUCCGUGGAUGUUGGAAUUGUAGACUGGAAGGUAAAACUGAAAGCAAGUAUAGUUUGACUUUGAUCCAGUCUGUUAGGAAUCCUUGGGAAAUUGAUGAUGAAGAUCCCAAUUCCUCUGAUGAUGAUGAAGAGAAUAAUGAAGAGGAAGAAGAAGACGACGAUGAUGAUUCUGACAUAGCCCUCGUGGAUGUUGAUACGUAUGAAGAUUAUGAUGAUGGUGAUGGUUAUGAUUAAGACAUAAUCACGGCCAUCAUUUUUUUGGGUAACUCAGUACUUCAUUUUGGAGCUUUUGAAUAUAUUUUGUGUUUCUUAUGUGUGUAUACUUGCUUAUGCAUUAUGGGAAGUAUGACUGGUUUUAGUGAAUGAUACUACGUGGGGUAAAGUGAAGUUAAAUUAUGAAUAAUCAUUUUUGAAACAUGUUUUCUGAUGGGAGUAUUAUGAUACACUGAGAAUUUGCUUUGCUCA